AUGGCCCACCAUCGGCAAGGACCUGGUUUGCAGUUGACUUGGGUGUCGGACGCCCCAGCUGCCCCAGCUGUCAAUUUCCAGCUGAACGUCCAGCUGAAUUUCCAGCUCUCUGAGGUCCUGGCCCUGGAUUGGUUUUUCAUUUUCUUAGAUCUGACAAUGAGCAAUGUGGAGGAAGACACAGACGCAGCCCUGCCGCCUUGUUUGUGGCAACGCUAUGGCUAUGUUUUUCAUCAUUGCUUGCACAUUGCCAGGUCGCGAGGCUUGAAGGUCCUUCGCAUUCUUCGACUCGUUCGAUUAGCCAAGCUGUUUCCCAAAUUCCACUCGGCUUUCAUAGUUGUGCAGUCGGACUUCAUUCGCCUUUCCAUGGGUGCGUGGUUUGCGGUCGUGAUUGUCGUUGUGAUGAAUCAUUAUGUUGCUUGUGCCUGGUUUGCUUUAGGGAAAAGCUUCCGGUGCUUCCAAGGAGUCUUUCGUGAAGGAAGAACCUGUGUGACUUUGAUUGGUUCUCCUCCAACCUAA